UGGUGACAUCGUAAUUAAACUGUCAAAUUCAAAGUGACAUUAGCAUGACAUUUUAAUAAGUCAAAGCCCUCGGAACAUAUUAUUUAUUUCUUUUGUGGCGUCUUUUUGACCCGAAAAUUAUAGAAAUUCACCGAAGAAAACCGUUUAAUUCUUAAAAAAUUGUUUCGUUAAUUAUUUUCUUUAGAAAAUGGCUGCGCUAGCGUUUAAGGUGAAAAGCAAGAACGGUCAGCAAGUAUUGAAAGACUUGACCUCUGAGAGUACUGUGGGUGAAUUGAAAGCUUUUCUGUGUAGUAUUUCGGAUGUGGGGUUUGAUAAAAUCCAUGUGUUGUGCGGUUAUCCUCCAAAACCUCUGGACAUUAGUGACGAUGAUAUGAAACUGACGGAUAUUGGUUUAAAAACUGGGGAAACUCUUAUAGUGGAAGAAAAAGUUCUUGCUGCAAAUGUAAGCAGGCCUGAAGAGAAGAAACCACUCGAGAAUGGCAUAGCUUCCCAUGAAACUUUGGGUCCGUGCAGACCUGGUAUUCUCAUGAAGAAAGUGGUCCCCUCUGACAAUUCCUGCCUCUUUACAAGUAUAGGUUUUGUGUUAAAUGGCAAUGUGGACACUACAGUGCACACACUAAUGAGACAGAUCAUAGCGAUGGAGGUAGCAAGUGACCAUGAGACAUACAACGAAGGCAUGCUAGGCAGGCCAAAUGCUGAGUACUGUGCUUGGAUACAACAACCAAGCUCUUGGGGAGGUGCGAUAGAGGUGGCAAUACUUUCCCGUUUUUAUGGACUUGAAAUGGCAGUAGUGGACACUCUGAACGCAAUCAUAAACAGAUUUGGAGAAGACAAAAACUAUGGCCAAAGGGUUUUCUUACUUUUUGAUGGCGUCCAUUACGAUCCUUUGUACUUGGAGCAAUCCGAUGGUGGAAUCCAAACAAUAUUUCCUUCAGAAGACAUGGAUAUCUAUCAAGAAGCAGAACAAUUAGCGAAAGAAGCUAAAUCCUCCCGUCAAUUCACAGACCUAAAUAAAUUUACACUCAAGUGUAUGAUAUGCGAUAAGUUCCUAACUGGUCAAGUCGAGGCCCAAAGACACGCGAAGGAGACAAUGCAUACGAAUUUUGGCGAAGUUUAGCAUUAGUAACAAUUUAGGUGGGUUUUAAACAUUGUAAGUUCAUUCAUAAUUAUCUUUAUUUUUGUGAUGGGUUGUGUCUACUUAUAAAUGUGAGAAUUGCAAUAGGUAAUUGUCUUGGAGCCUGGUUGUGAUUGGUUGCUAUGAAUCUCCUAUGAUAUUGAAGCAAUAUGAUUGGUUUUUUACAAUUUUCUUUAACUUCUAGGGGUAGGUAGUAUGACGAUAGUAUGCAUGCUAAUUGCAUAAUUCAAAUGACAGCGCGAUGGCGUUUUGGUAGUCUCUCUUUCCAUGGAAACUGUGGUAUAAGUGGGAAUUUGUCAAAUAUAAAAAUAUUACAAUAUGUUAUAAUAUAAAAACAACAGUUGAAAACGGCAACACUGAGCCGGACAGACAGCUACCACCAUGCUGUCUUUCGCAUAAUAAUAUUUAUUUAUUUAUACAUUUCUAAAACAUUGUGAACCAUCAAUCACUUGCAUGGGGACCAUUAGUUUUCAAUACAAUAGUAACCAACUUGUUUUAGUUUCGGUGAUAUUUUAUGUAAUUGAUAAAUUCAAUUCAUUUAGAAACUAAAUUAAUUACAUAAUUAUGUAACGUAGGCUUCGUCAGGAAGACACAAACCAACCAACUUAAUAUUUUAUUUUAAUAGGUGACUUUAUUUAAUGUUUUGACGGUUUUUUUUUCAAAACCCUAUAAUUUUAUAUCGCUUAUGUUUAUGCGCUGUAUAACAUAUAUAUACAUAUGACAUAAAAAUAUACAGUUAAAUACAAUAAACAGUUAAAUUAAUACAAUAAUUAUAUUUCAUUGUCACUGAAUUCCUUUUCUACAUUGUCUUCUUUUUAUUGAUCCUUAUAAUUCUGUAGAAAUACAUUUUGCUUACCUCAUUAUUGUACAAUGUUAUACCUACCUAUGUACUAAUCUCACAUGCUAUAAAAUUGAGCAGCAAAUUUCCUUGACCUUGACCUUAUAAAUGUAUGUAUAUACGUAUAUGCAGAUGACGCUUUUUAUUGUAUGCAAAGCUAACAAGUCUGGCAUUUUAUUGUCAUCAUCACACAUAGGCGGCCAACUUAUCUGUAAAACGAGCAAUGACACAUAGUAGUUUUUAUGCAUUGUUGCUUGUUAUCAAAGUUACUUGAAGUUCAAUAACGUUUUAUUGCCACAUUACAGAUAACAGCGAUACCUUCAAUUAAAACUACGCCAACUUAAUUUUUUGGGCAUUUUCUGUUAUUUUUGUAAACAGCCAUAUUUAUCUACUAAUAUUAUG